CCCACAUUUUCGAAAAAACCUCCCAUUUUCAUCUCGCGGAAAAAAUGCACAUACGCCGUCUCAGACUCGACGACGACGACGACGAAGAAGACGGCGACACCGUCGAGCCUCAGCCACAACCUCGCACAUCCCCGCACCAAACUCAAACUUCCCCCAAUUUCCCCCCGGAGCCCGUCGUAAUCUCCGACGACGACUUCAUCGACGUCCCCGAUGACCCCAUCCCGCACACUCCUCCUCCACCCGUUCCCGAACCUCAACCUUCGGACUGUCCCGUCAACGAUUUUCUCCGCCGACUCGGGUUUUGCUUGAAGAGAGUCUCGCUUGCUGAUUGUCUUCGCGAACUAGGGAGUUCGGUGAACGGCUUCCAAGGGUUUGAUGUUGCUAGAAAAGCCAAAUUAUGUUUCGAGCAGUUUCUGUUUUCUGAUCUUAAUUUCUGUGGGAGCGGCGUGCUUCCUCCUAAUGUGGAAUCUAUGCAUCUCGAUGUCCUUCCAGGUCCCUACGUUUUGCAGGUUGAUGAGAUUCUCAAUAUCACUUGUCCUCUAAAAAGCAGAUAUCAACAAGCUCCUCCAGGCCUUAAAAGGUGCCUGAAGUUGUCAAUGACUGAUGGUAUUCAGAGAGUUUUUGGAAUGGAGUACCGGCCUAUUAAAGCUCUUGAAGUUUGUGCAUCUUCUGGUUUAAAGGUCGCAAUCUCUAACGUACAAGUGCGUCGUGGACUUUUGAUGCUGGUUCCUGAGACCAUUCAAGUAUUGGGGGGAUUAGUUGAGGAGCUGGAUGCAGCUCGAAAGCGGCUGAUUGAUGAACUAAAUAAGCCAGCUAGGGGAAAAAGAACCAGAGAUGGGGUGCUUCCCCCUUUAUCAGUCCGGGCGACUCUUGCUGCAUGGCCUUCAAAUAGAGUUGAUGAUCCCAGUAACAGUGGCUCAACAUUACGCAGUACUGAUACUGUCCAGGCAGACAACCAAGGUACUGGCAACAGCAUUCCUGGCACUCAUAACAACUCCUCGCGCAUGGGUGCACAAAAUUCUACUUCCAAUUCAAUACCCCACAUGGUUUCAAACGUGGCGCGAACAGAUGUUGACAUGCAGCGGCAGCAGGGUGCCAGCAUUACAACUGGAUAUACUACACGCACUGGAGCACAAAAUGCUACAUCCAAUUCAAUACCCCACAUGGUUUCAAACGUGGAGCGAAUGAAUAUUGAUACGCCAGGCCAGCGGGGUGCAAGAAUAGCAACUGGACAUGCUUCACCUAUGCAUGCACAAAAUGCUACUUCUAAUUCAGUACCUCAUGUGGUUUCAAAUGUGCAGCCAAACGUGGAUCAAAUGAAUAUUGAUACGCCGGGCCAGCGGGGUGCCAGAGUAGCAACUGAACAUGCUUCACCUAUGGAUGCACUACAUGCUACUUCAAAUUCAAUACCUCACAUGGUUUCAAAUGUGCAGCCAAUGAAUAUUGAUAUGCAGCGGGCUACCAAUCCUGUGUCCCAUCAUAAUUCAAUGGCUAACCGGACUUCUUCAAUAGCCGAGGAGAUGCAUAUAGAUACUGCUAAUAUUUUCAGGGAAAACUCUAUUGGCAACCAAUCUUCUCACAUGAACUCGAAUGUUGCAGAGGUACAUGAAGACACUGUUCACAUAGCAAGUUCCGUGACUACUGAGCGCUCUCCUGUUUCUGAAAUUGUGGAUACAGACCGGGACAGGGUUCCUGUAGUCACAGAUAAUACUCCUCUGAAUGGAUCUUCGUCCACUGGUUUUAACUAUGAAGAUAUCUUGAUGGAUGAUGUCGGUGACAAUCCACUCAUACUUUCUGGAGACCCUGAAGUUCCCUUCACAUACCUAGCUAGUUUGUCAGCCAAGUGGGCUGCAAUGAAGGAGACGGAUUCUCUGGUUCAGGGUAAAAUUAAGUGCUUUCUAACUGGUGUUAAAGGAUUCCAAUAUAAGAAAAGGACAACCUAUGAGCUUCAGGCAUAUGUAGAUGACGGUAGUCUUAUUUCUGAAAUCCUCAUUGAUCAUGAUGUUGUACAGAAAGGAAUUGGUUAUUCCCCUGUGGAGGUCACUGCAGCUCUUUCUUCUUCUGACACAAAUAUAGUCCAGAAGAUGAAGGAGACUAUGCGCAAAUUUCAAGCUUUCUUAGCAAACUUUGAGGGAGUAAUGCUUGUGGAAUUAAAUAGAAAACAUUCCCUUCCACUGGUUCUAGAAAUGAGUCAAGGCUGUCCUAGAUCUGAUGCGUGGUCCCUUCUAAGAAGGCUCAAGUCUCUUCCCCCUUCACAAGCUCUAAAACAUUUUCCUUCAGACGCAAUCGUUUUAUCCCCAUAAUUUUCUAAAUGGCUAACGUUUCCUAAUAAGGAUGGAGCAGAGUUGGGCUCAAAGUUGUUACAUGCAACACAAUGUGAGUAACAAGAUGCCAUUGCAGCCCUUGCGUUCUAGAAAUGUGGUUAUCCGGUCUGAGGUGAAGGUUCAACAAAGUUGACCUAUGUGGAUAAGAGGAAGUCAUUAAUGUGCUGUCCAUUUCAUCAAAACAAGGUAUGACACUCCUUUAAUAUCAUGUUGCCCAGUAUAUCGUUUUGCCGUUUGGGGGUGGUGCAUUUAUUGAAUGCAUGUAUCAUGUUGCGGUUGAUGGUGGUGCAUUUAUUGAAUGCAUGUAACAAAUGAUUUAGUAAUUUAAUUUAAAAUGUAAAUUUUUAUAAGUGAUUUAAGCUUUGCUGCUUUUUAGCUCAUUAGUUUUUCAGAGUUUGGUUACAUAUUUUCCAAUUUUUUAAAAAUCUUAUUGGAGAUCCAAUCAAAGAGAUUUCUAGGUCUUAAAUAAAAAAAAUAGCGUUGACUUUUCUUUUUUAUAUUAUUAUUGAGUAAUAUUCAUAUAGAUCUUACCUUAUUGAAAACUGACUCCACAUACAAUAGAGUGAGACUCACAAUUUUUACUCAAUAGUUAGAAAGUAAGUGUUCGUAGCAAUUCAAUAAAAAAAGUAUUAAAGUAAAAAAAAAAAAAUUCUAAAAUGAAAAUCUGCUAAACCACAAUUCAGCCAACACCGUUUAGCCCGUUGAAUGUCUGAUUCAUCACCUCAGGUAUCAUUUAAUUUUGAGAACAUUUUUUAUUUUAAAAUGUGUUUAUUUUAUUUUGUGAAUAAAUGUCACUCUUUAAAUGAAUAAUUAAAGAAGAUAUAUUUUUGAAAAUAAAAAAUCAUAUAUUUUUUUUGUUGAUAUUUUUACUAUUUUAAAAAAAUGCAUGCAAUUAUUUACUUUAAAAUUUGAAAAAUAAAAAGUAAACCGUUUAACCGUAGAGUGAUGAAAGUUCUUAACCCAAGGGGUGGACAAUCAAUGGUAUCUUUCUAAGCCUAUUUCCCUUUAUUUAUUAACAAUUCCAUUAGAGAUUUCAUUUAAAGAAAAUUCAAGUUUCUUUUAGGAGAAAUACUUGCAUGAUCACAACCCAGCCCACCCAAGGAAAUGAUCACAGCCCUAGGAAGUUCAAGUUUCUUUUACGAGAAAUACUCAUCUCACAACCUUUAUAAAACCGACACCUUUGAACAAGGUAUGUUUGAUAUCUACCACGUAUCAGUGUCUCACACGACACCAAUGCGUAUUUGGUGUCUGACACACGUUAGUGUUUAACAUGACAACAACACAUGUGAUUAUGUUUAAUUUAUUCAUUUUUUAAAAUUAUUAUAGCUGUCAACGAGUUAGUGUCCAUGUUAGUAUUUCAUAUAUCACAUCCCAAAUAAAAACUAUACAUACAAAAAUAUAUAUUACUUAAUUUAAAAAAUAUCAAUCAUUUAAUUUCUUUUCACGUCUGUCCAACAAGACAAGAACCACUAGUAUUUCUCUCCUUUCAUUUGGUUUAUAAGAGACUUGGCAUUGCAAUUUCAGUUUGUAAUUGUACUCCUGGAUAGCUGAAGUAUUUUCCUUCACUAAAUUUUUAGCCAUUACUAUGAAACAGUUGAAGCAAGUAAUGUAAAAACCCAUAGCUGAAAGAGUAGGAAGGAAUGAGAAACACAUAUAAAGUCAUUUUUAGGACACUGCUAUGUUUGAGUCAUAAGACACUUCAUGCUGCACAUUACAAGUUUUUUCUUCCUGUUUCCCUCUCUGAAGUCCCAGAGAGUAGCAGCCAACAGUUUAAAAGCUCCAAUACUUCUGGGCAAAACACCUUCCAUUAAAAGGUGGUCCCAGUCCAUGCUGGUUCUGUCAGGUACGAGUCUCCAAGGCAAGUGCUAUUCACAAUUGCUUUGCCAGUUCAGUUCAGUUCUUAGACCCUCAUACAAGAUUAUCAUUGCUGCUUUUGUUUUCCUGAAGAUUUUGAAAGCUGUAAAUUGGCUACUGGUUACUGACACGAGAAAGAUGUACUACAUAGUAACAAAAGCUUAUCUUAGCUUAGUGACAAGGUUGUGUAUUACUUGUAGAACAUCAUUCUUGGUGCAGGCAACCAUCCAAUAGCAACCUCUUUGAGUCGAUUCUCGCUUCUGACAACUAGAGCUAGGCACGCUCCUUUCUUACCAUACUCAUGCCAGGUGCUUAAUUUGCAAAACAAAGAGAAACCAGAUUCUACUUAGUUAUAUAUUAUUCAAUUGGUUUAUUUAACCUUUGGCAUGCGGAAAUGUAUUUAAGAAAGAACCUCGCCUAUGCCAGAGGAGGCCGCAGUGAUUAGUAUUACUUUUCCUUCCACAUUCUCAGUAAAUACUGAUCUUAUAAAGAAGUAGACAAUGGCGAU